GCCCGGCGCAACCUGCCCAGGGGAUGGACCCGGCGGCGCGGCAGCGGGACAGGGGCGCUCCUGUCUGAGAGGGUCCAGGGCAGGCCAGCUCCGUCAUUGUAGUCAGUUACUCGGAAGGGAAAAUCUACACAACUUUCUCAUUUUCUUGUUUCGUUUUGACUAGAAAACCUAUUUUGUUAAAGAAACCUCAGAACCACAAGCAAAUAGGCCAUCGUCUUAAAUGUCUUUAACGGCUCUGCUUGAGCCUCAGCGUAACAGAGCCAAUGCUGAAGGUUUUGGGUUGAGUGUCUCAUUUGGUUUCUUGUCCAAAAACUAAGUUGGAUAAAAAUAACCUGAGCUGGCAACUGUGAGCUAGUCGCCGCUAUUACAUUAGUUAGGAACUUUCCAACUUUUUAAGGCAGUAAACUUAGAAAAAGUGUUAGUUUUAAAAAAUAUGAUUCUUACAUUUUUAACACUUCAGUCAGUGUGUUGAUUACCAAUGGAGUUAAACAACUCCAUUUUUUAAUGUAAUUUUUGAAUCUUGCUUCUAAUAGUAAAGAAAAAAUUCUUUACACCAAAUCAGAAAAUAGAUGAGAAAGUACGGAAUAAUGACUUACCUACUUUUUUUUUUUUUUUUUUUGCUGGUUUUUGCAUGUGUGUGGUAAAAAUAUACAUAAAACAUUUGCCAAUUCAACCACUUUUACGUGUAUAAUUCAGUGACCAGAAACCCUGGUGGCAUAGCGGUUAAGUGCUACAGCCACUAACCAAAAGGUUGGCAGUUUGAAUCCACCAGGUGCAACUUGGAAACUCUAUGGGGGCAGUUCUACUCUGUGGUAUAGGGUCGCUAUGAGUCGAAAUCGACUCUACCGCAACGUUUUUUUUUUUUUUUUUUUUAAUUCAGUGACAUUGAUUACAUUCUUCAUGUUGUGCCACCAUCCUUUUCCACAUUAUUCUAUCCUCAUUAACAUAAUCUCAAUCAGAGGUGGGUUAUCCAAUAGGCAAAGUAAACAUGAUGGUUAGCCAACAAUAACUUACGUGAGGGACAUGCUUCAUAGUUCAAUCAUGUAUAGGAGACUAAUGGGGACACCAGCCAAAAAGCAGAGAAGGCAGGAAGGGACAGGAAAAUUGGACUAAUCAAAACAGGGAACAUGGGUGGAGAAGGGGAGAGUGUUGACGCAUCACAGGUUGGCAACCAAUGUCAUAAAAUAACUUGUGUAUUAACUUUACUGAGAAAUGAAUUUGCUCUGUAAACUUUGACCUAAAUCACAAUUAAAAAGAAAAAAAAACUAGGAAAAACAAAUAGAAAGAAAAACCUUUACCUUUAUCUUGCUUACCAGAUCCUCUGUAGUGAACAAUUUCACAUUUUCACCACAUCAAAGAUUCUGCUUCCGAUUAUGGCUGGCAUCUGUCUUUCUCUCAACCCCACAGCACCUUCCUACAGAAUCAAAGCAUCUUUUCAAAUUUAUGAUCUCCGACAGGGGGAUGACCCACAUGAAACUGGUCACUACAGAUUAGUAAGUAAGCACAGGUAAGCCAGUGCUUACAUUGCCUGUAGUAAUCCAACCCUGAUCUCAAUGCUUCCUAAGCAAUAACUCCUCCAUCCCCUCCCCCUCCACCUCUGAUUGCCACUAAUUAGCUUUGGUUUCUAUAUAAUUGCUAUUUCAUAUGAGUGAGGUCAUACAGUGUUUGUCCUUUUGUGACUGACUGAUUUCACUUGGCAUUAUGUUUUCAAUGUUCAUCCAUAUUGUAGCAUGUAUCAAGACUUCAUUCCUUUUUAUGGAUGAGCAAUAUGCCAUUGUGUACAUACGCCACAUUUUGUUUAUCUAUUCAUCUAUCAAUGGACAUUUCAGUUGUCUCCAACUUUCAGCUAUUGUGAAUAGUGCUACAGUGACAAACAGGUUUCUGUUUGUGUUCCUGCUUUCAUUUCUUUUAAGGAUAUACUCAGGAUUGGGAUUUCUGGGUCAUAUGGUAGUUUUGUGUACAACUUUUUGAGUAACUGCCAAACUUUUCCAUAGUGGCUGUACUGACUUACCUACUUUUGAAGCAAAGUAAAUGAUGUUGCUCAUGUGUCCAAUCGUAUGGAACUUGAAGUAGAAACCACAUUUAUGCUGUUUUGAAUCAAUUACACCUCAUCUGUUGAGGCAUUUGCACCUCAUGGUAGUUUUAUUUAUUUACUUAACAAGUAUUUGCUGAUAAAUUUCUAGGCUUUAAAGAAUCACGCCUAGACCGUACAUCACCUUCUAGGUCCCACCCCAUUUCUUUUUAUAUACACUCUGUCUGAAAGACUUGCCUCUACUCAGUUUCCACUUUUUCUAUUUCCUCGUCCACCCUCUCAUCUCAGACCUUUUCUUCCCAUUACCCUAACUGUCAAUGUCACCAGUGACCAUCUUGCCAAAUCCAACGUCUAUGCACAGUUCUCAUCUUUUCUGACCCCUCAGUAGAGUUCGAUACAAUCCAUCGCUCCCUCUUCCUUGCUAUUCUUCCUUUACUUGGCUUCCAGGUCACCACAUUGUUCUGCAUUUCCUUCUACCUCUCUGGUCACUCCUGUGCCCCCUUUUCUCAACCACUAAAUGUUAGAGAGCCACUGGCUGUAUUCUCUUUCUAGUCAUAAUUCGUGAGUUGCCAUCAAAUUCUGUGGCUAUAAAUGCCCGUCUAUAAGUUGGUGACUUCCAAGUUUUUGUCUCAAGCAUUACUUUCUUCUGAGCUACAGAAGCAUAUAUCCAGCUGCUUAUUCAACAUUCCACUUGGAUGUCUAAUAGAUAUUUAAACUUAGUAUAUCCAAAACAGAAUUACGGAUACCACACCUACGUACUCCUCCUUUCUGCUCCCCUCUCAGUUACCUUCCUUAUCUCAGUACAGGUUACCACCACCAUUCAUAUAGCAACAUAGGAUUUCCUUUAUAUAUAAUCUUUACAGGAGCAGAUCGCCAGAUCUUUUCUCUCACAGAGCCGCUGGUGGGUUUCAACUGCCCAGCUUUCGAAUGAAAAGAGGUGCUGAGGAAUAAAUAAAGCUCUACACUUCUUACUUGAAUAUUUAUAAUGGGUACUGGGAAGUCUAAAAUAGAUCCCUGCCCUCUUUCUCUCUCUUUGGGUAAAAGCCACAUUGUGGAUACAAGUCCAAGACGUCAUGAGUCAGAGUCCAAGAAAUCAGACAAACUCCCCCUACGUGAUCGGGCUGAGCAUAUCUGUACAACAGAGAAGCCAGCAGGAGAGCAGGAGAGAGUGGAAGAGAUGCCUGAAGAGGAAGCAGAAGAAGAGGUGUUCUUCAAAUUUGUAAUACUGCAUGCGGAAAGCGACAUAAAUGAAGCCCUCAGGGUCCAGAAUCUGCUACAAGAUGACUUUGGUGUCAAACCUGGAAUAAUCUUUGCUGAGAUGCCAUGUGGCAAACAGCAUUUACAGAAUUUAGAUGAUGCUGUAAAUGGGUCUGCAUGGACAAUCUUAUUGUUGACUGAAAACUUUUUGAGAGAUACCUGGUGUAAGUUCCAGUUCUAUUCUUCCCUAAUGAACUCUGUCAACAGGCAGCACAAAUACAACUCUGUUAUACCCAUGCGGCCCCUAAACAAUUCCCUUCCCCGAGAAAGGACUCCCUUUGCUCUGCGAACCAUCAAUGCCCUAGAGGAAGGAAGUCGUGGCUUUCAUACUCAAGUAGAAAGAAUUUUUCAGGAGUCUGUAUAUAAGACACAAAAAACUAUAUGGCAAGAGACAAGAAAUACAGCAGGAAGGCAAUUUAUUGACUGAGACAAAACUCAUAACACAUGGCUGGGUCUUGUAAAAUAAAUGACUUGUCUUCACUUAAGAAAGGGAUUUCUAUGAAAUUUUUAAAUAAAAGAGAGCCUUAUUCUUACAGAAACCAACGGCACAAAGGAAAGAAAUUUCUGCAGGACAACCUACGGAAAUGUAGUACUUUUUUAACUAAAUUUUUAUUUUUGGAGAAAAUAUAUACAACAAAACAUGCACGUACUCAAAAAUUUCUCUAUGUACAGAUCAGUGCCAUUGGUUACAAUUGUCACAUUGUGUUACCAUUCUCACUAUCUCUACCCAUAUUUUUUCACCAUCAUUAACUUUUACUCUCUUUGCCCCUUAAAGUUCUUCUCCGUGCUUUAGAGUUACUGUUGUCAAUUUGCUAUUAUACAGAUAAUUCUUUAAAAGAGUACAAUGUUCAAGGCUGGCAUUCUUUAUUAAUUGAGCUAAACUGUUGCUUUGUUUACAGAUGACUUCAUGGGGUAUUUUUGGCUCAAGGUAUAAAGAUUAUUUCCAGACAAUAGAUUCAGGGGUUUCCCCAGUCUCAGUGGAUGUAGUAAGUCUGUUUUCUGUAAGAAUUUGAUGUUCUGUUCCACAUUUUUCUUCCUUUUGAUCAGGAGCCAUCUAUUGGGUCCUUGAUCAAAAUGUUUAGUAGUGGUAGCCCGGCACCAACCAUUUCUUCUGGUCUCGUGGCAGAAGAGGUAGUAAUUCAUGAAAGCAGCUAGACCUGCAGUCCAUUGCUUUCUCCAAUUCUUGGGUAUCCUUCUUCUACUGCUCCAGGCAAAUAGAGAUCAAUUGUUUAUCUUAGGUGGCUUCUGGCUUUUAAGACUCCAGUUGCUAUAGAAAUGCAGUACAUUUUGAUGACUUGAUAAACUCAAGAUUAUCAAAGUUUCAAGAACUUUUAUGGUUUUCCUAGUUUAUGGAUAUGACAAAGAGUAUUCUCAAUUGAUACUUCUUGUAUUGAACCCUGGACAGAAACAUAUGUGAUAGACAUUUAAAAAUGCUUCCAUUUUCUGAGUUUUGUUCUUCUCAAAGGACACAGAAGAAAAUGUUCCCAAGAGAUCUUACCACCUUCUCUUCUGAGGCAGUUUUUACAAAUGUUAUAAUAAAACAUUCCCGUUAUUGUCACCCAGAAAUAUGGAUUGCAGGAAAAGAAGAUUUAGAGUGUUGAGUGCUGAUGUAUGUGAAAUAAAAAGUAGACAUGAGCACGAUGAAACUUCCUAAAAGAAUCUAGUCAAAAAUGUUUCCUUUCUGCUGGAAUUUGCACAUUUGGAGUCCACCAUUGAUUAGCAGUCCAUUUGAUCGUAUGGUGGUUAGACUCCAUGGAUUGGUGUUGAGAUGUCCCCUGGAGCCUGGAGUGUUCCAACUUAGUCAUUAUCUGUAACUAAGGCUUUAUUUGCAGAGCUUCUGAAAGGUGUAUGAUUGUGUCCAUCUGAUAUUAAAGGAGCAAUAUCAAGCACAAAUUGGGGACAGGGUGGAGUGUGAGUCACAUUAUGUUGUAACUGGAAAAACACCCCAUGGGGAGUCGGGAGACCUGGUUCUAGUCCAAUCUCUGCCAUGGAGGACGAGUGUGACUGUAGGCAAGCCACUUCCUUUCCUUUAUCUGUGAAAUGAAAGGGUUGGAUUGAUGGAUGCAAGAACCUUUGUCCACUCCCAGAAUGUGAAAAACUAGGAACCAGAAAAGGGAUCAGGUGGAAAAGAUAGCAUUUUAUAAUGUGACAUAUAGUAUAAUAGCUGCAGGAGCUUUAUAUAUACUUAUAAUUAAAGAAUAAUUUUAUAUGUUUACAACUUAAUUUGUUUUAAAUCCUGUCUAUUAUACUUUUCUAGUAGCAGAAAAGAAUAAUAAUACGUGCUUACUCAGGUUUUUAAAAAUACAUUUUUAUAGAGACCUUUGAAUAAAGACAUUCUGCCUAAUUUUUUUUUUCUCCCUAUCCCCACUUCUCUUUAUCCCCAAAGGGUUCAGUUUGGAGCCCUGGUGAUGCAGUGGUUAAGAGCUACGGCUGUUAACCAAAAAGUCAGCAGUUUGAGUCCACCAGCUGCUCCUUGGAAACUGUAUGGGGAAGUUCUACUCUGUCCUAUAGGGUCAGAAUAAACUCAAUGGCAGUGGGUUUGGUUUUGGUUUGAGUAUGGGGUCUGGUCACAUGAAGAGCCAUGAGUCUAAAUGUUCCAUGGAGAACAUUUUCCAAUAAUCCUACAAGUCAAACCUUGUACUCUAUUAAGACUUAUUAAAGGAGAAGAUUGUUUUCAUUGCAUGGUGACAUUAUCUUGACCUAAAGUCUCUGUCUAUCAUAGUGUCUUACUACUCACUUUUCUUUUUCAGUUUUAAAUAAUAAGUAUUUUUGUUUGUUUGUUUGCCAUAAUGUUUCCUGUAUCUCAAAUUUCAUGUACUAGUGAAACAUUAACCACCCACCCUUCAUGCCCACCGAACUUGGAGCAAUUGAUGAUGGAUGGUAUUUUUAAAAUAAAUGUCUUUGUUCUUUAUCCUUGACUAAGCUUGAUUUCUAACUCCAGGGAAGAUUAGUAGAUCACCUGGCCUUUCUUCUUAGUCCAGAAGUUCUCUGAAACUUAUUCGGCAUUAUAGCAACAUGCAGGCCUCCACUGACAAAUGAGCGGUGGCUGUGCGUGAGGCGCAUUGGCUGGAAAUUGAACCUGGGUUUCCCACAUGGAAGGCAAGAAUCUUACCAUUGAACCACCACUGCCUGGUUUCCAGUGAAGAUUAUGGAAAAGGGUUUUGAAAAGAAGGAUCAACCUGUACUCCUUCAUAGAGCAUCAGGCACAAGGUCUCACCUGAUUUAGAUUUAGUACUUUUUCAUGAUGAAGAAACUGAAUAAUGCUGAAUAACUAUAUGUUGAAAUUAAGAAUUGUAACAAGGUAUUAUCAAAAUAGCAAAACUGAGGAUGAAAAGAGGUAAAGGUGUGGACUUAGUGCUGUGAUGUGUGUGUAUAUAUAUAUAUGUCCACAUGUAUAGAUAUAGAUACAUAAACAUGGAGAAAUCCUGGGAAAAGGUGCCACAAGUUGGGGAGUUUCCACUCUGAGUAGUACUCUUUGGGCAUUAAUGCCCAUCUGACGCUGCACAUAAAAGAAUCUGAGCUGUGCCUUAUGUAUGGGUUAGGAUGCUUUCAGCUGUAAGAAACAGAAACUCAAUGUCACAUGGCCUAAACCACAAGGUAAAUUUGUUAUCUAAUUGAAUACGUCACCCAAGGUAUGGUGGCUCAAAGGGUCAUUAAAAACCCAGGUUUUCCCCCAUCUUCUUGCUCUGCCAUCCUCAGUGUUUCAGUUGAGUUCCCCUCAGAGUUGUAGCACGGCUGCUACAGUGCAGGCCCCACGUACAGACAUGACAGUGUCCAGCAUGAUAAGAUGAUGGUAGUGGUCUGCCCAGUGGAGAAAAAAAAUUUUUACCCUUGCAUUAUUUAAAAUUGUUGAUACCUGGUGAUAAUACAAAGCCAACUUGUAGUUUGACUUACAGUUGGUUUUAUUAUUAUUUUUAAAUUCCCUCUACCUGUACCCAGGGUGGCCUCCUUCCACUGAAACCUCCUUGCCCAGUGCUACUGCUGUGGAGCCAGACUCCAAAAACAAAACAAAAACCAAUUGCCAUUGAGUCAAUUCCAACUCAUGGCAACUGUCUUAGUCAUCUAGUGCUGCUAUAACAGAAACACCACAAGAAAUUUAACGAAGAGAAAUUUAUUCUCUCACAGUUUAGUAGGCUAGAAGUCUAAAUUCAGGGCGCCAGCUCCAGGGGAAGGCUUUUCUUUCUGUUGGCUCUUGUCAUCAAUCUUCCCCCGGUCUAGGAGAUUCUGCUCACAGGAACUCUGGGUCCAAAGGACGUGCUCUACUUCUGGUGCUACUUUCUUGGUGGUAUGAGGUCCCCCUGUCUCUCUGCUCACUUCUCUCUUUUCUAUCUUGAAAGAGAUUGGCUUAAGGCACAACUGGUCUUGUAGAUUGCGUCCUGCCUCAUUAACUGCCAAUAAUCCCAUCUCAUUAACAUCAGAGAGAGAGGAUUUACAACACUUAGGAGAUUUAUAUCAGAUAACAAAAUGGUGGACAAUCACACAUACUGGGAAUCAUGGCCUAGCCAAGGUGACACAUAUUUUUUGAGGACAUAAUUCAAUCUAUAAUAGUGACCCAUAUGUAUCACAGUAAAACUGUACUGUAUAGGGUUUUCAGUGGCUGUGAUCUUUCAGAAGUAGAUAACCAGGCAUUUCUUCUGAGGUAUCUCUGGGUGGAUUUGAGCCGUCGAAUGCUUAACCAUUUGAGCCACCCAGGGAUUCAUGGAGUCAGAUUUCCUGGAUUUGGAUUGCAGCUCUGUCCUCUGUAAUUGUGAUCUUAAGCAAGACACUUAACCUUUCUGUGUCUCAGCGUCCUCAUCUAACAAUAAAGAUAAUAAUAGUGAUACCUGCCUGAAAAGGUUAUUGUGAGAACUAAAUGAGAUAAUACAUGUGAAGCACUCAAUUAGUGCCUCACACGCAGCUGCCUUUAUUGUUACCUGCACACAUUUAAUCUGCAACAUUGGUUGAGUGGGAGGGCAAGUACAAGUUUAUAACUACCCACAACCCCAUUCUAGGAAACUUGCGUCUCUUUGGAGGGAGUUGACUUUAAACAAAGGAAAAGAAAGAUGUUGGGCCUUGUUUUCACAGUCUCACAUAGCCCAGUCUUACGCAGGGCAGGUCCCACCACGGCACUGAAGAGUGAGAGAAGCCCCUGAUCAGCAAAAGAUGCAUGAGCUGGGUUGGUGGGUGUGGGUAUGCAGGGAGCCAGUGGCAGGGAGGACAGGAUGCAAGAGCGUGGCCCCAUGACUCUAACAAGAAAUUGGUCAUAAACUAGAAAAACAGGAACGCAGAGUCUGAGAGUUCAGGGGAAUGGUUUCCAUGUGGAAACCUUCGACUCUCUUUUGUUGCUCCAUACACUCAGAAGUAGUGAAUUCUUAUCUGGGUUUUGUGUACAUUUGAUUUUGAAGGCAGAAAAUCCAUUUAACUCAGCCUUUUUCUGGGGCUCAGCACUCUCAGAUGAUUUUGCCUUACCUGGGAAUACAGGCUGUGUAAAGUUCAGUUAGAAUGCACCUCCUUGAGGGAAGAUGGGUGGGCCACAGUGAGAUAAACAUUAAUCUAUUUUCUCCUUUCUUUUCUUGGUUUCUACCCAAAAUUCAACCACUUGCUUGCAGGGGUUAAUCCUUUCUGGUGCAAGUCAUGGCUGUUUUCCACUUCAGUCUGGUGUCCUUCACCUGUGGAGAUCCAAAGGCAUUAGCUGGGCCUUGGGGUGGGCCAAACCUCCUUUAGACCUCAGGCCUCGCUGUGUAGGGGGUGACACAACUAGUUACAGAGAGCAGUUCCCUCUGUAUUCCCAUCUACUACAGUUCAUCCCUAAAUCCCAAUCCUGGUUGCUGAUUGUGGGGAUUAUUUCAAAGCUUAAAAAAGCUCAAACACUUCAUCUCAGAGUAGUGAGUACUAAAUUCAUACGCAGACAAGACUUUGCCAAACCAUCUCACAGCUCGCAGAGAACUCUGUAAGAAAGAAGUCAAAGUAGAAAAGCACUUUCACGGGCUCAUUGUGCCAAGGAUUUAGAGGGUCUCAGUAUAAAUAAAGAAGGAUCAGUAGUUGGAAAAUACGGCCUUGGUGAUAGAAACAAUGCUGGAGAUUGAAUGAUAGAAUUUUGCAAGACCAAUGACUUCUUCAUUGCAAAUACCUUCUUUCACCAACAUAAACGGUGACUAUACACAUGGACCUCACCAGAUGGAACACACAGAAAUCAAAUUGACUACAUCUGUGGAAAGAGACGAUGGAAAAGCUCAAUAUCAUCAGUCAGAACAAGGCCAGGGGCCAACUGUGGAACAGACCAUCAAUUGCUCAUACGCAAGUUCAAGCUGAUACUGAAGAAAAUCAGAGCAAGUCCACAAGAACCAAAAUAUGACCUUGAGUAUAUCCCACCUGAAUUUAGAGACCAUAUGAAGAAUAGAUUUGAUACAUUCAACGCUCGUGACUGAAGACCAGACGAGUUGUGGAAUGACAUCAAGGACGCCAUACAUGAAGAAAGCAAGAGGUCAUUGAAAAGACAGGAAAGAAAGAAGAAACCAAGAUGGAUGUCAAAGGACACUCUGAAACUUGCUCUCGAACGUCGAGCAGCUAAAGCAAAAGGGAAAAUUGAUGAAGUAAAAGAACUGAACAGAAGAUUUCAAAGGGCGUCUAGAGGAGACAAAGUAUUAUAAUGACAUGUGCAAAGAGCUGGAGGUGGAAAACCAAAAGGGAAGAACACGCUCGGUGUUUCUCAAGCUGAAAGAACUGAAGAAAAAAUUCAAGCCUCAAGUUGCAAUAGUGAAGGAUUCCAUGGGGAAAAUAUUAAAUGAUGCAGGAACCAUCAAAAGAAGAUGGAAGGAAUACACAGAGUCAUUAUACAAAAAGAAUUAGUCGAUGUUCAAGCAUUUCAAGAGGUGGCAUAUGAUCAGGAACUGAUGGUACUGAAGGAAGAAGUCCAAGCUGCUCUGCAUUGACAAAAAACAAGGCUCCAGGAAUUGAUGGAAUAUCAAUUGAGAUGUUUCAACAAACAGAUGUAGCACUGGAGGAGCUCACUCAUCUAUGCCAAGAAAUAUGGAAAACAGCUUCCUGGCCAACUGACUGGAAAAGAUCCAUAUUUAUGCCUAUUCUCAAGAAAGGUGACCCAACCGAAUGUGGAAAUUAUAGAACAAUAUACCAUUAAUAUUGCACGCAAGCAAAAUUUUGCUGAAGAUCAUUCAAAAACGGCUGCAACAUUAUAUCGACAGGGAACUGCCAGAAAUUCAGGCUGGUUUCAGAAGAGGAUGUGGAACCAGGGAUAUCCUUGCUGAUAUCAGAUGGAUCCUGGCUGAAAGCAGAGAAUACCAGAAGGAUGUUUACCUGUGUUUUAUUGACUUUGCAAAGGCAUUCAACUCUGUAGAUCAUAACAAACUAUGGAUAACAUUGUGAAGAAUGAGAAUUCCAGAACACUUAAUUGUGCUCAUGAGGAACCUUUACAGAGAUCAAGAGGUGGUUUUUUGUACAGAACAAGGGGAUACUGAUUGGUUUAAAGUCAGGAAAGGUGUGCGUCAGGGUUGUAUUCUUUCACCAUACCUAUUUAAUCUGUAUGCUGAACAAAUAAUCCCAGAAGGUGGACUAUAUGAAGAAGAAUGGGGCAUCAGGAUUGGAGGAUGACUCAUUAACAACCUGCGUUAUGCAGAUGACACAACCUUGCUUGCUGAAAGUGAAGAGGACUUGAAGCACUUUCUAAUGAAGAUCAAAGACCACAGCCUUCAGUAUGGAUUGCACCUCAACAUAAAGCAAACAAAAAUCCUCACAACUGGACCAAUGAGCAAUAUCAUGAUACAUGGAGAAAAGAUUGAAGUUGUCAAGGAUUUCAUUUUACUUGGAUCCACAAUCAACAGCCACGGAAGCAGCAGUCAAGAAACCAAGACGCAUUGCAUUGCGUAAAUCUGCUGCAUAGGACCUCUUUGAAGUGUUGAAGAGCGAAGAUGUCACCUUGAAGACUAAUGUGCGCCUGACCCAAGCCAUGGUAUUUUCAAUCACAUCGUAUGUAUGUGAAAUCUGGACAAUGAAAAAGGAAGACAGAAGAAGAAUUGACGCCUUUGAAUUCUGGUGUUGAAUUCUGGUGAAGAAUAUCGAAUAUGCGGUGGACUGCCAAAAGAAUGAACAAAUCUGUCUUAGAAGAAGUACAUUCAGAAUGCUCCUCAGAGGCAAGGAUGGUGAAACUGGGUCUUACAUACUUUGGACAUGUUGUCAGGAGGGAUCAGUCCCUGGAGAAGGACAUCAUGCUUGGCAGAGUACAGGGUCAGCAGAAAAGAGGAAGACCCUCAACGAGGUGGAUUGACACAGUGUCUGCAACAAUGAGCUCAAGCAUAACAACAAUUGUAAAGAUGGCUCAGGACUGGGCAGUGUUCGUUCUGUUGUGCAUAGGGUCGCUAUGAGUUGGAACUGACUUGACAGCACCAAACAACAACAGUAUAAAUACCCAAUUUAGGAGAAUCAUCUCAGGGCAGGGUAGGAAACUACAUGUCAUACUUCAGUGUCGAGUAACACUGUUUCCCACUUUAGGUAAGGCUUGUUGACAUGUGGCCAGGGUGGGGUUGGCCUAUGGCUUGUGAGGAUCUAUUUCUAUGACUGUGUUGCUGGUGAGAUAGGAUUUAGUGUGUUUGCCCUGGGAAGUCAGCACUGUAUGUAUGCCUUUCCUCCUCUUCACAGUCUCACAUUGCCCUGUCUUACAGUACCAGCUGGGCUGCCACAGAACAUAACUGUACCCUCUGUACUUGCAAAGUUGUCUGAGGGGCAAGAAGGAUAUUUCAGAUAGAUACCAAGCCCUUGAUAAAUUGAAACACAGCAUGUGAAAACUGACAUUCUUAAGCCAGUGACUCAAAGGAAUGAACUAAUAUAGGAUUUAUAGAUGGUUGAUAUAGAUCUAAUGUUCCUUAUGAGAUUCCAAGUAGAAAUUUUAUUAGGUUUUGAACAUUAGUGGCUGGAUAAGACAAUAUCUUUAUAUAAAUUUUUAUUCUAGAUCAUAUUUUGCAAUCCUUACUGUCAAUUAAAACAUUAUUUGAGUUAUGGUAAGUAGUACUUCAAAGUGCCAUCAAUUAAAAACUCUGAGCGUGAAAAUUAUUUCCCCCAAAACUGAGUAAGUUAGCUUGUCGGGGGAAUGAAAGAAAACAUGGAUGCUCUUUCUUCUCCUUUGCCAGUAGACUGGCUCUCACAACUGUUUACUCCAACGUCUGUACCCGUUCACACCUCUUCCUUUCUGGCAUGAGCAAGACUUGUUCUGGAGGAAAAUAACUCCUUAAUUUGGCAUAAUGCUCCUCCCAUUCUUGUCAAAUAUGAGUUAGUUCUGAGUCAUUUUACUCUGAGGUGAAUAAAUAGUGGUGCUUUUAUUAGCAAAUAACAGUAACCAUGUAAGCAGUUUCACAAGCUCAUUAGGAAUGUUCUUUUUGGCUACCCACUCAAACAACAGGUUUUAAACCAGGAAAUCUCUACAAACUAGCUCCUUCCAGGGGAUUUCCACUUAUACAUUGAGCAGGACACGUAACGAGCUUUACAGACUUCUUAAGUAUGUUUAUAAAUAAAACACUAUCACAUGAAAAUGUCCUCAAUUAUAUUGUGGUGAUGAUUACACACUCUGAAUGUACUAAAAACCAUUGAAUUGUAUGCUUCAGUGGGUAAAUCUUGUGGUUUCUGAAUUACAUCUCAAUAAUGAACAAUCCUUUAAAAAAAAAAAGUGAAAAACAACACCAACAACAAAACACUAUCACAGCAACCACUGUGGAACAUGAUUUGGCAAUGUUGAAGAUGGGCACAUCUUGUGAAGCCCUAGAGAUGCGUUCCCACAGAUACUCGAAAAGCCAUGUGUGAGGAGGGUAUUUAUUGCCAUAUUUUGUAAUACUGAAAAACAGGAAACAACCUAAAUAUCCAUCAAUAGGAGAAUGCAUAAAUAUGUUAUGGCAUGUUCAUACAAUCAAAUAUUAUAGAACAUUUAAAAUUACUAACUAGAUCAACAUGGAUAAACUUCAAAAACAUAAUGCUGGGGGCAGCAAAUAUGGACAAUACGGAAUAAUAUGGACAAUCUGAUACCCUUUACAUAAAGCUUAAAAACAUAUAAAACAGCACUAUAUUUUUAAUGGAUACACACAUAGGUGAUGGUCUAUUAUUUUCCAUAUUUGUCUGUACGUUUGAAACAUUUCAUGAUCAGUUUUUCAGCUAGCACACACUUGUAGUUGUGUUAUGUACUUAGAUUCCUUACAUGUGCAGUGAGUUUAGAAAUGAAAAAUUAGGAAGGCCGUCAACAGAUAAAUCAGUUAGAGACAAACAUAUGCUGUUAAUAAUAGAUCUCAUUUUUGAGCACCUACUGUGUCAGACAGUUAUUCCCCAAAUUCCUAUAAGAUUCCUCAAUAUUCUCAAAUUCUUAUAGCCAUUCCUAUAUAGUGGGUCUUAUCAUGCCCAAUUUUAGUCCCAGGAAACUGAAGCUGGAGACAUAAGUCAUUUUCCUAAGAUGAUGGACUGGUAGAUGAUGAAGUCGUUAGACUAUCCAGUGGUCUGGCUCCAAAGUCUGGUGGGUCUUGGGCUCCAUGAAGCUGCUUCUCAGUGAAUCAGCCUGCUUUUCCCAUGGUGGAGAAUCUUAGAAGAGGUUGUACAAAGAGAGAACCACAGCAAUUUCUAUCUGAGAACACGAAAAGACAUGGUGAGGCUACCCUAGUCUUAGUCUUCUUUGCUCAGUAUGAAUAAUUUAUGUGUAGGAAUCAGGACAUUUGUGUCCUAAUCCCACUGUGCUACUUUCUAGCACAUCAGCUAACUUUUCCAGUCUGCAUUCUUUUCCUCCAGAAGACUCAGCGUUGCAGUAGCUGAUUUCUAACAUUUUUUUCUAGCUGUAUAAUUAUUUCUGAGCUCUAAGAACUAAGAUCUCCACCAAUUCUAAAAUGCUUUCCUUUUUUUGUUGUUGUUGCAUUUUCUUCACUUCAAUUUUUGAAGGAGUGUCACUCAGCACUUCCCUUUUACAAAUUCCAUGUCCUUUGGAAGUGCCUGUGUUAUAAACACAAUGCUCUUCCAGUGUAGCCUAUAAGCGUCUAGAGCAAAAAGAGGAUGGCGGUGCCACUUAGCUGUGAACAAGACUUCAAUAUGUUUGGCAUAGUAAUUUAGAGUUUCUUAGGAUUUCUGUUCUGCUUUGCUUUGUUUUGCUUGCUUUCUUUGCUCAUGUUAGUUGAUACAUACAUUAAAGAGAAAGCUGCUUUGAUUCAGAGGGAGGAAGAACAAUGAGGGGAGGCAAGAUAAGUGGGAAUAGUGUGUAUUUCAGGAAAAUUAGUGUUGAAAACUCCAGGAUACAUAUAAAUAUGUAUUUUUCUGUGUUUUCUGAAUGAAACGGUUGUUCAGCAAUGCAUGACACCUUGACUAAAGGAAAGAAAUAUAGACAUGCACAUCCAUUGUGAUCUGUGAAUUUCAGGAGGGGGUAACUCCAGAAAAAAACUUCUCAUGCUUAGGUCUUUGCAUAUAUAAAAUUACUAUAAUAUACAAUGCUAUAUGUUUUGAUGAAAGUGCAGCCUGUAGAGCCAGUUUUGCCAUUACUGGUUCAGUAAUUUCAUGCAAAUUAGUUAACCUUUCUAUGCUUUACUUGCCUCAUCUGUAAAAUGGAAAUCAUAGUAAUGACUACUUCUUAGAGUUGGGAAAAGUAAAUGAGUUAAUACGGGUUAAUAUGGGUUAGGUACCUAAAAUAGGGGAAAUAAGGUAUUCUGGGAAGCCACAUUUGUCCUGACCUUGCCCAUUGUUUAUGGUUGACUGCCAAGGAAUUUGAGGCACAUCUUGACAGUGACCCUACUUUUUCUUCGCCUUCUAGUCCUAGCUAGAGCAAUAAGUCAAGAAAAAUAAAUAAAGGUGAUCCAAAUUGAAAAGAGAGAAGUAAAACUAUCCCUAUUUGCAGAUGAUAUGAUCCUAUACAUAGAGAACCCCAAAGAUUCCACAAGAGAACUACUGGAACUAAUAGAAAGAGUCUGCAGAAUAGCAGGAUACAAGAUCAAGAUACAGAAGUCAGAUGUAUUCCUAUACACCAAUAAAGAGAACUUCAAAAAGGAAAUCAAGAAAACAAUACCAUUUAAAAUAGCCCCUAAAAAGUUAAAAUACUUAGCAAUAAAUUUAACCAAGGAUGUAAAAUUCCUGUACAAAUAAAACUACAAAACACUAUUGCAAGAAACCCAAAGAGACCUACAUAAAUGGAAAAACAUACCAUGCUCAUGGAUAGGAAGACUCAAUGUUGUGAAAAUGUGAAUCCUACCCAAAGCGAUCUACGAUAUGAUGUAAUUUCAAUCCAAAUACCAAUAGCAUUCUUUAACGAGAUGGAAUAACUAAUCAUCAACUUUAUAUGGGAAGAAAAGAGGACCCAGAUAAGCAAAGCAUUAUUGAAGAAAAAGAACAAAGUUGGAGGCCUUCUACUACCUGAUCUCGGCCACAGUAAUCCAAACUGCCUGGAACUGGUAAAAUGACACACAAAUAGACCAACGGUACAGAAUCAAGAAUCCAGAUGUAAAUCCAUCCACCUAUGGGCAGCUGAUCUUUGACAAGGGCCCAAAGUCCAUUAAAUGAGGAAGAUGGUGCUGGCAAAACUGGGUGUCCAUCAGUAAAAAAAAAAAAAAAUGGAACAGGACC